AAACUUUCCAGCAGCAUUACAGCACCAUCAUUCCAAUUCCACCAGGUUUGUCGUGAAGCACUCGGUGGCACCGAGAAGGUUUCUCAGGCUCUGUGGUCUUUUUACCCUCAGCAUUGUUCUCCGCCACAGCCUCGUGCCCAUUUGUCCUCCCUGGCUGGUAUCGAUAUUUCCAUCUGGACAGAAAGAAAGAAAGCGAAAAGAUGUCGAUGCCUAUGCCGGUGCCGAUGCCCCCCCAGGGUUUCUCCAUGGGGCCCGGUCAGCGGCCGACGCCCGAGCAGAUCCAAGCAAUGCGAAGGCAGCUGGAAAUUGAUGCGCAAAAGGCCGGAAUGUCCGUUCCCGAGUUCGUCGCCAAACUGAGGCAGCAAGCCAUGCAACGCGCCCAAAUGCAGGGAGGGCCGAUGCCUCCUGGGCCCCCCGGCCAGCAAGGACCUCCGGGACCCCCGGGACCCCCGGGACCGCCAGGCCAGGCAGGCCCAGGGCAUCAGCACCCUCACCCACAUUCCCAUCCCCACCAGCAUGGGCCCCGUCCUGUCGCUGGUGCUCCUCCCCCAGGAGCCCAACCUGUUGUUCCUGGGCCUCCAAACCCCAAGGCCAUCGCCCUUGCCAACUUCCUGCGUAGCCAAGAGCUGAAGCCGCGCACCUGCAUUCUCAAUGGCGAGCGGAAGGACAUGUUUCGAGUCAAGCGUGCUCUGCGCGCCCUCCAGUCGCCUGCCUACGAAAAGGCCCGCAAGAAGAACCCCCUCCUCCCCGAGAUUACCGACCGCGCCUCGCUCGAGAACACCUUCAAGUUGCUCCCCAUGUCCAUGCUCGCCCUGCGUGUGUCCAAGUCCGACGCCCAUGCGGGCCACAAUCAUAAGAAGACCAAGCGCGUCAAGGGGCUGUGGACAGUCAAGAUCGAACCGCAGCAAGAGGCCAAGGAGGAUAUGUACUACGUAUGGCUCUACGAGGGCAGUCAGCUUAUGCGCAAGGUCUAUGCCGCCAUCGCCGUCGUCCUCAUCUUCCUCAUCGUCUGCUACCCGCUGUGGCCUCUCAAGCUGCGCCAGGGCGUCUAUUAUCUCAGCUGGGGUCUGCUGGGCCUCCUCGGUCUUUUCUUCGCCAUGGCAAUCUUCCGCGUCAUCCUCUUCUGCGUUACCUACUUCGCCGUACCUCCCGGACUCUGGCUCUUCCCCAACCUCUGGGAGGACGUAUCGUUCAUGGACAGCUUCAGGCCCGUUUGGGCUUGGCACGAGGUGCGUCUGCGUCUCAACUUGUUUCUUCCCGCAUUAUACAGAUUCUGGCUCUUGUUUUUUUCUCGAACUAACAAAUCUCGCAGACCAAGAAGGCAAAGAAAAAGAAGUCGUCUUCUUCCGGUGGAGCCAGCAGCAACGCGGGUGGUGCCUUCGCCGCUGCGACUGGCCAACCAGCUCCGGCCACCGCACUUACUACUGCGACAGAUACUCAGCUAGCGGCCCAGCCGGAACAGCGCGCUGGAUACGUUGCUCCGCGAGUGGAGGAAUUGGGCGAUGACGAGUGAAUAAGUGAAACAAGCGAGAGAAAGGGUUAUCUAUCUGUACCGGGGAAGCGAUCAACACGCAGGCACAAGCACAAGGCAGGGGAAAUUUAUGCAUGUACUCCUUGCGCAGUAAAUCCACGCCUGCGCUGCCAUCGGAGGGGGAGGCGUCCGGCGUUUCUUCCGUUCAUUUU